UUGAGAACCCGUAUCUCCUAACCUCAAGUUAAAAACUACAUAACCUACAAUAACGUUCAAUUUAAAUGUUCAAUAUCUUAUUAUCCGUAUUCGUAUUACGAAAAAAAUUAUUUUAUUAAUAUAUGUUUAAUUGUUAAAGAAAUUAAAUUUUUAAAUGUAUCAUUGAGUACGUUAAAUCUAUAUUAUGAGUCAAGCAAGACUAAAGACACAAAGAGAUAAAGAUGGUUCACAAACUUUACACGAUGCAUGCAAUUGGACUUAUCUUGAUAAACCAGCUCUAGAAUAUCAUGAUUUAGAAAAUGUUAAGAUUAUAAGUUACAGAGAACUGAAAGCAGCGAAAGAAAUAAUUUUUAGUCAUUUGAAAUGCAUCGAAUAUCCUGAAUUUAUUGGCAUUGACUUUAACAUUUUAGAGUAUUGCGUGCCUUCUUUAAUGCUUGGAAUCCUUGAUAGCGGACAUGCCUUCUUUAAUGUACCUACAGAUCCACUGACAUAUAUAAAUAUAUUUGGCUCUUUAAAUGUAAAAUAUAUUUUUACGAGAUCUAUAACAUCUAACAGAGAGAUCAUAUGUCAAUUCGAUAUUCAUGGACAGUCAGUAUAUUUGACAAAAUCAAUAGACACGAUAGAAAGAAAAGGUCAAGAAAAUAUCAAUAAUAGAAAAUAUUGUUUUGCAUAUGCAAUUGCCACUUCUGGCUCAACUGGAGCACCAAAAAUUGUCAAAGUGCCUCAUCCUUGUAUAUUGCCUAAUAUUAUGGAUUUAAGAAAAAUCCUGAAUAUAACAAGCUCCGAUAAAAUCACACAACUAACAAAUUUUACUUUUGAUCCUAGCAUUGUUGAAAUUUUCUUAAGCCUUUAUUGCGCUGCAACUUUGUUCAUGGUUUCGAAAGGAUUAAAGAAUGAGGCUGGCAGACUCUUAGAAGAAAUAUUUCUUGCUCGUAUAACAGUUCUUCAAAUCACUCCAUCGUUUUUCUUCCACCAAUGGUCCACUGAACGCUUGAAAACAACAAUCUUGAACAAAGAUUCCGAAUUAAGGAUUCUUCUUAUGGGUGGAGAACCAUUCCCUAGCACGAAAUUGCUAUCGAAAGCUAGUCAUUCGCGAAAUACUACACGAGUAUUUAACAUCUAUGGUAUAACCGAAGUAUCAUGUUGGUCUAGUAUUAAUGAAAUCGUCAAAAACGUAGAUGAACCUUGCCUAGGUGAACCUUUAUCAGAAACUAUAUUUCAAAUCAGGAAUGAAAAUAAUGAAGUAAUUAGGGGCGAAGGCAUUCUUUAUGUUGGCAGCACCACUAGGAUUUGUAUUGUUGGAAAUGAAACUGAGGAAAAUCUGAAUAAGCCAGUUUUUCGUGAUACUGGCGAUGUCGUUUCGAUAGAUGAUCAACAUAGAAUCUUCUACAGAGGAAGACGAAAUAAUAUUGUAAAAAGAUUUGGGAAUAAAGUGAACUUGCGAGAGCUCGAGAGAGUCGUGAUGGAAUUGAGUUUCGUACAAAAUUGUGCUACGUUCUGGGACAUAGAAAGUCACAAAUUAUAUCUCUGUUUAGCUACUACAGAUACAAAAGAAGACUUCUCUAAAUUAAGAGAUGAUAUAAUGUUGCACUUAAAGAUAUUACCAGCAAUCUAUAAACCUGACAAAAUCAUUAAAGUAGAACACUUUAGCUUUACUACCAGUGGAAAAAUUUGUCAGACAUCGCUGAGAGAAAUGUGUAGAAACUCCGAAACAGAAGUUGUUAAUGUAAAUGAAUGCAUGUUAAUGCAUUCACAUGUUAAUGCAAAUAAAAUAUUUGAAAACUUAUGGAACAAUCAUAUAAAAUCAUCUAAAAACAUUGGUUUUUUAAUGUCAGGCGGUACGUCAAUAGCAGCGCUUCAGAUCUCAAGCGCCAUCGCUCAGACCUUUAAUAUAGAAUUUCCCGAAUUAAUUGGUAUGUUGUUAAAAGAUUCUACAUGCGAUGAAUGCGCCAAUUAUAUCACAAGUAUUUUAAUUAGCCGAGAUUGUGACAAGGCUAUCAGUCAUUCCAUCGAUAUAUCUUUUAAUAAUGAUCCUUCCGAAAGGAUACUUAAUACAGAAAAUUGUGCAAUAGAACCACCACGAAGAAACUUUACACUAUCAUCAAAUAGGAAAUAUUGGUACAAAUGCAGAGGAAAAAUAUAUGGCAAAUUAGCAGAAGAAGACAAUAUCAAAUCUUUUUUAAAAAAUAUAUCAAAUGUCGAAGUAUUGGCGAUUUAUAAUCUGCAAAAGUGCAUCGAUGCCUCGCCAACUAUAUAUUGUUAUUCCGCAGCAGAAUUAUAUGUAACAGUCGGUUCACAUUCUGGCAUUAUAUGUACUGCUAAUUUGCUGGAAACCGGUAAUCCGCCGUAUGAAAUAAAACUACCGGAUAGAAUAGAAGCUUCAGUUUUAACACUAAGCAAUUUUCGUGGAAUUGUGGGCUGUUACGAUGGAUACAUUUACUGUAUUCAUUUAAAAACUGGUGACAUAAUUUGGAAGUUUCAAACGCAGGACAUGGUUAAAUGUACCGCGGUAAUGUGUGUGCAAGGGAGCAAAAUAUUUGUGGGUUCCUAUGACUUCCAUAUAUAUUGUCUUUCGACUGAGGUAUACGAUAUUAAGUCAGAUGGUACUCAAAUUUGGAAAAUUAAAGCUAGCAAAGGUGGAAUCUGUGCUACCGGUUGUCUGCAUCAACAAACAACUUCAGUUCUUUUUGGGACAUUAGAUGGUUCGUGCUUGGCUUUAGAGCAAUCCUCAGGACGUAUCAUUUGGAAACAUAAACUACAGGAUCCGAUAUUUGUCGCGCCUAUUGUUCUCAGGACUGGAUAUGUCUUAUUUUGUUCCGUAGCUGGAACUUUAUGUUGUUUUGAUAUCGAAACUGAUUGUCAGAUGUGGCGAUAUAUGAUAUAUGGCAAUGUAUUUUCAUAUCCCAUGAUAUGGACUCCCGAGUCCAUGGACGAAGAGUAUGUCGUAUUAGCUAGUCAUAACAAAAAUAUAUACUGUUUAAAAAUGCCACAAAGAACAAUCGAAGAAAAACCAAAAUUGAGAUAUACGUUACAACUCCAGUCGCCUAUUUUCGCGACUGCUUGGUGUGAAGAUGGGUAUAUGUUUGUGGCAUGUACAGACGGCAUCUUUAAAAUAUUCGAUCUUCUAAAAGGCAAAUUAUUAGCGACCAAGCAAUUUCCCGGCGAGAUAUUUUCCUCGCCAGUCAUUCAUAACAAUCUCGCAGUUUUGGGAUGCAGAGAUAAUAAUCUAUAUGUUUUAAAACUUAGUUAAACGUCAUAUAAUACAUAAAAAUCUGUACUAAGAAUGUGAUUAUUUGUAUUAAGUUCCUCGCAUCCUUCGAUUUUUUAACGAGAUUAGUCGGAAUUGCAAAAGUACACGGUUAAUACAAUAUCGUUUAUUCCAUUCAGCUCUCGUGUGUUACAAGUUGAUGGAUAAUGAUGUUGCAGAGACAAGUGUUCGUUAUCCGAGUAUAUAACCGUUUUUCCAUCACUUUUUCAUACGUGAUGUAAAAUUGCGUGUGCCCAUCGUAACCCAUGCGAAAGUGCAAGCAAAAUGCGUGAGUCUAGGAAAACGGCCGAUUCAUCUUUUCUUGCUGACCCAUACAUACGCCAUUAAUUAAUAAUUAAUUGAUCGAUGUGCAUGCGAACAUUUGCGCUCACUCGCCUUUUCCUUAUCAGGUAACGAUAUAAUAAUGAUUUAUUAUGCAAAUGAAGUAGUCCCAAUCUCAAGCUCACACGAAACAACAAUAUUUCAACGACUUCAUUUUCUCAAUAUUUAUAUAUAUGUAUACAUAUCUUUUUUGUAAUAUAUAAUAUAUAUAUACUAUGUA